UACGCUGAGAGCCUACCAGCGCUACCAGCGCUACCAGCGAUACCAGCGAUUGACUUAUCAGUGUUUGAUGUCACUAAUUGUCUUAAGAAGCAGUGCUUUGAAGAGUUGGGCUGUUUUUCCACCCAAUCGUUUGUGGAAGAAGUGAAGAAACUGUUAACUUCAGGCGAUGUCGUCUCUACAAUCAAGUCGGCGACCGCUCUCAAGCAAAUCCUAUCCAUAUGUCCCAUACAUCCCGAGGCAAUGAACGUCACACUUCUAUUAUUUACGCCAACAUCUAAUAAAACUCAAUCAUUUAACGCGUACAAGACAGACAUGGAUCAGUUUAAGGCCAGCGAUUACUCGCCGCAAAGACCCACAGCUUUCAUAGUACACGGAUAUACCGAUUACUAUGAGGAAUGCGAUGGCCAGGGAAUGUGCGCCUGGAUGGCUAACAUCAAGAACUAUUUUCUAUCCCAAAAAUACAACGUGAUAGCCGUGGACUGGAAAUCUCCGGCCUCUUCUAUCAAUUACUUCAAUUCGGCGUUCAAUACACAGAUUGUGGGCGCAAUUGUC